CGGACUCGCAUACACUCAGCCGGUUUCGUCCAACAAGAAACGAACAUAACAGAUGAGCUGAGUAUUACGUGAAUGUUGUUAUCAUCCUUAGGACGUGUUUUAGUUUUGAGUUAAGUAGAAUGAGAAAAUUUUCGAAAUACUGGCGAGACUCUGCAAGUCUCCUGAUCCUGGCCCGAGAUGGCAAUCGCAUUGCUGCCAAAAACCAGUACAAUUAUAAGGUGCUGGUGUUCAAGCGAACUGAGAAGACGUCGUUUAUGCCCAACAGUAUCGUGUUCCCCGGUGGAGCGUUCGAUAAGCAAGAUGAAAACCCGCAGUGGAAUGGGUUCUUCUCGAAAAUGGGAGUAUCGGGAGAUUUGUUGAAGAAUCUGACCAAUGUCGCAGGACCGAGGCCGUUCAUAUUUGAAAAUGAUAGCGGUGAUGUGUUGGAUAGGAACAUAUCCCUACGGCUGGCAGCACUCAGAGAAGCAUACGAAGAACUAGGAGUCUUACUAGGUCAAGGUGCAGAUCAAGUCGGCCAAAGUCUUUCCGGAUAUAGCACUGCAGUCCAAGAUUCAAACAUUUCUUCCAAUCAAAAAGCGGUUCACGAUAACGAACUGCCUUUCAUGCAGCUGUGCCAAAAGCUGCAAAUCGUACCGGAUGUGUUCAACAUGUAUGAAUGGUCCGUCUGGUUAACUCCGGCCAUGUUCCGAAAGCGGAGGUUCGAAACGGCUUUCUAUCUUGUUGCCUUGGAUGAAAAGCCAGAUGUGCAUCCAGAACAGCAUGAAGUUAGUGAAUACUUGUGGGACACACCUGCCGGGUUGUUGCAAGCUCAUCGUGAAGAGAAACUUUGGCUCGCACCUCCUCAGUGUUACGAGUUGACCAGAUUAAGCCAUCUCUACGAUAUUGAUGAGAUUGUUCGUUUUGCCAGAAAUAGAAACCACAAAGGAAGUCCACUGUUCUGUCCUGUUCAAUAUAAGUGCACGGAUGCGGCAGUGUUCCUGUUACCUGGCGAUGAUCAUUACCCAAAGGAUUACGACUACAUUACCACGCAUGAUUUUGAACUGCACCAAGAUAUGACGGCGGAACAGUUACGGAAGAUGGCAAAGAAUCUGCAUCGGACGGAACACGUUGGGUUGCACGCCCAGACGUACUAUCAGAAUAUUGAACCGUUCAAUGGGCAUUUGAGCCUGAAUGGGGACAAUAAGCAUUUAUCGAAACUGUAACGGGUUACAGGGAAAAUAUGGGACAAUAAAAACAAUGGUUUAGGUCUUUUUCAAUAACAAAA